GUAGUUCCUGAAGCCCUGAAGGAAGGCGACUUGGUGUCAGCCACCGCGGAAAAAGCGAAGGCUCGAGCUUUGCCACCCGACCCGGCUUGGCCGGUGAGUGAUUUGCGCGCUUUCGACGCCCCCACCGAGGGCCAUUGCGAGAUCAACUAUGGCCCCCUGUUGCGAGAGGUCUUGAGGGCACGUGGCUGGCGAUACAGCACUGCCCCAUGCCAUGGCGUCUACGAUGAGGACACCGACUCCAGCACCUUCUAUGUGAAAGAGUUUGAAGCAUGCUUGCGAGGCAAAAGCCCGUCGGAACUCUUUGGCAAGAGCGGGUCGCUUGAAGAUGGCUAUCGCUUGCAGUCUCUGCGCUUGCCCCGCCAUGCUUUGUGGAUGAUGGGCCGUAUGCCUUUUCGAGUUCCGGGAACAGCCAGAGACCAAUGCCGCUCCAGGGAGGACUUUGUCCAGUUGGUUGUGGAUCAUGGAGCAGGACUGCCGGGAAAGCCGGGCAAUUACCGCAUUGCGAAGUUCCCAGGUACAGAGCGCAUCCUCUUCAAGACGAAUUUCACGAAGGCGUUCAAGGAUAAGGCUUGGUACCCCACCACCUUCGUGCUUCCUGAAGAGAAGCAAGGCUUUCUUCGGGAGGUUGCCGCCCGGAGAAAUGCCCUCUGGAUUGGAAAGCCGCGCAACGAGUAUGGGGGUGCCGGCAUCUGUGUGUGGAAGGGCACGGACCCAGCCCUGAAGCGCACCAUCCAAGAGAUCAAAGCAGGACGGUCGGUCAUGCAGAGGUACUUGGCGGACCCUUUGUUGCUCGGGGGCUAUAAGUUCCACAUCCGCAUCCACUUGGUUAUCACAAACCUCUCUCCUCUGGAGGCCUUCGUGCAAGAGAAUGGGCAGUGCUUGUUUGCAACAAAGCCCUACAGGGUUUGUGAUAAGACGUUGGGCGUGAAUUUCGACCCGCCGGUGCAUGUGACCAACAUGGGCCUGAAUGCCACGCCCGACAACAAGGACAAUUUCUUGAAGGAGAAGCCCCUCAUUGGCAAAGGCCAGCAAAUCCGGGUACGCCAGUUGAUCAAUCACCUGAUGAGCGUGAAUCCCAACUUCGACAGGACGUAUUUUUGGCAGCAGGUUUUGGACAUUGCCGCUGACACAGCCACAUACAUUGGUACAUCUGUCCAGCGCCGGUUCAAAGUCUUGCCCGACCGUCACUUCGAAAUUUUUGGAAUGGACCUUAUGUUGGACAAAAAGUUCAAGGUUUGGAUGUGCGAGGUCAACACUGACCCUGGCCUUGGUUAUCCAGACAAGGAGGUCCUGGGCAGCCCAAACCCAGACUACAAGAAGGAGCUGACGGCCUGUGCAGAAACCCUGCACGACGUGUUUGCGCUUCUUGGCCUGGACUCGGGAGUGAAGCAAACUCAGGGAUCCCUGCGCCAUUG